AUGGCCCGAAAAGUCUCUACGCAUGAAGUUUCUCAACAUAGUUGCGACGAUGAUAUAUGGAUCGUGGUCAAUGGAAGAGUGUACGAUGUGACCGGAUUCGCACCAGAGCACCCUGGCGGUGCAAAGAUAAUCUACCAAUUCGCUGGCCGGGAUGCAUCGCAGACAUACAAUAGCACUCACUCACCAUCUCUGAUCAAUGAUCUGGAUGACCACUCAAUCGGUGAACUGGAUACCAGCACCAUCACCGAGGAAUGGAGCAGAGAAGAAGAGCCACCCAAAGCAUUGAACUCAGCAGACAGGGCGUAUCAAAAGCCCGCUCUCGAAGACAUAUUGAACCUGGAUGACUUCGAGCAAGUGGCCAUGAACACUCUCAGCCCGAAAUCGUGGGCCUACAAUAGCGGGGCGGCAAAUGAUAAUUUCACGCGAGAUGCAAAUCGCUCCUUUUUCCGGGACAUAUGGUUCCGUCCAGCUAUUAUGCGCGAUGUUUCGGUGGUCAACACCAAAUCGACCCUCUUUGGAUGCGAUCUUGAUAUCCCGGUUUACAUCUCGCCCGUUGGUGCAGCCAAAACGGUUUGCGAGGAUGGAGAAUUGGCACUGACUAGGGGCACCGCGACAUCUGGGAUUGCAUACUGCAUUUCAACCAUGGCGUCGUAUCCUUUGUCGGAAAUUCUCGACGCAACCUCAAAACAAGCCUUCUACCAGCUGUAUAUCAACAAAGACCGACCGAAAACCGAAGCACUUAUUCGCCAAGCCCAGAAUUCGGGAAAGGUGAAGGCGCUCUUCGUGACUGCUGAUUUACCAGUCAUGUCGAAAAGAGAGGCAGAUGAGCGCACUAAACCGGACGGAAAUACUGUCCUGAUCAGUGUGACGCAGGAUAGCAACCCCGGCGGGAAGAAGAGCGCCGGUCUAUCGAAGUCCAACAGCGCGAUGAUCGACUCCACGUUGAACUGGAAUGAUCUCAAGUGGCUGAGAAAUAUCACUGAUAUUCCAAUCCUCGUCAAGGGUAUCCAACGUGCCGAGGAUGCUCUUAUUGCUAUGCAAGUUGGUUGUGAUGGCAUCGUAAUAAGCAAUCAUGGAGGUCGAGCUGCAGACACUGCGCCACCGGCCAUACUCAUUCUGUUGGAGAUUCAUCGUUACUGCCCAGAGAUCUUUGGUGAGAUGAAGGUAUUAGUGGAUGGGGGUUUUCGGCGUGGCUCAGACAUCGUCAAGGCCAUCUGUCUUGGUGCCUCAGCUGUUGGUCUCGGUAGACCUUUUCAAUAUGCCGUAGGCUACGGCCAAGAGGGAGUGGAGCAUGCGGUAGAAUUGAUCAAGGAGGAAAUCCGGACAUCGAUGCAACUGGUAGGCAUGACGGAUUUGAUGCGAGAUGCUUCCCCAACCUACAUCAAUACAGCAAAAGUCGAGCAAUGGAUGCCUCCAAAUUACCCGUCUGGCCCAAAGAGUUUCAUGCGACGAUUGCUAAAGUUGUAA